AUGUCCCCUCCCUGGAUGACAGCACUACAGUGGACAGCACUGAGGAUGCAGUUCAGGGAGAGCCGCCAGUCUGACCUGCACACGGGGCAAACCAAGAGCUACAACCACAACUCCAAUCUCAGCUGCGACCACUGCUCCAAACGCAGCAACAACCGCUGCUCCGAACGCAACUACAGACCCAGCAACAAACACAACCGGAGCUCCCAUUGCAACUGCAAACGCAACGACCCCUUCAGAAACUCGACCAUCUACGAGCUCCCCUGGAGCAGGGACAGGUACUACUAUAAGGAGUCCAAGUGUCAGGAAGUAAACAUUUUGAUAAAAACUACGAAUCGGACUGAGACGAAUGUGUCUGACAUCAUUGAGCAAGGAGUGAACAAUAGUAAAGGUGCCAUUGAAGGAUACGAUACGCAGUCUCGGUGUGACUUUUAUGGCUGUAAAAAAGACCGUGGAGAUGACUGCGACAGCGGGGUACAAUGUGAAUGCAAAGAUGGGUUCCAAAGACCCAACCCUCAGAUGGCGUUCUGUAUUGCUCUCGACUGUCCCAACUGCAACCGGGAGGACAAGAAGCAGUGUUUGCUGAGGGCAGACGGCGGGGGCUCGGAGUGUGUGUGUCUGGCGGGCUAUCAGUCGAUGGACGAUGGGAAAUGUGUCGAGUGCCCGUUUGGCUACAGUGGAGUCAACUGUACAGAUCAAUUCCAGCUGAUCCUCACCAUCGUGGGCAGCAUUGCUGGCAUCAUCAUCCUCGGCAUGGUGAUCGCCUUCAUCGUCACAAGAGUAAAGAACAAAAGGAAGGAUGAUGAAGAAGAGAACUUGAUUGAGAAAGACUCUCCACGUUUAAAACUGCAGCAGACAGAAUUUACCAACUUCGGAGCCAACGAGAGCGGGACCAUCUUCCCCAAAAUCAAGACUGUGUCCAAUCAGCCCCAAAAUCCCUACGUGAGCCACGGAGGGAUGCCCCGCCCUGACUACUAG